CUCCAUUCAGUAGGUUGCAUUCAUUCUUAUGUGGUUAUGUAACCAGACGUGGGUGAAAUCUCUUCCUAAUUUAGACCAGAAUAUUUUCUUUCGCUCUCAUCUCCCCUAAGAAAAUUCAUUUACAUCGAAAAUCCCAAAGCAAACGAUCACUGGAAGAAUUCUGAGUCCAGUAUGUCCCCAUCAGACAGUUUCUACACCAAAAUCCCCUAGGCAGUUCACCUCUGUAGCAAUUUGCCAAAAAUGGAACCCUUCCUUUUCCAGUGGCAACCCAAAAAUGCCACGCUUUGCGGCAAAGAAGCAAUCUGGCUUCCCCCCUCUUUGUUUUCUCCUUUUUCAUCCAUUGCAUGCCUUUAUCUUCAGCGUUGCUGCCGGAGCCUUAACGCUUUGUUUCCUAAAGACUUAUUGCUCUGCGGGGUUUGGGGGGGAUGUUUUUUUUUUCCGACUUCUGAAAAGAGGCUGUGGGGCUUUUACCCAAAAACAAGAGUCUUGUCUUUGAAAGGUUCCAAAAGUGAAAUGGUUUUUUAUAUGUAGACGUCCUACGGGGACAAGCAUUGCUAGAUUUGACCGAACGGGAGUGUAUUUAGCCUGCAUCCAUGGACAAUAAAUGAUGAAGGGUUUACAGGAGCCCUGAGAUGAAAUUGCCUGCUUUAUUACACCCCAGCAUGACAUAUGGAUUUUUCUGAUAUGAUUUAGGGCUCUCGUGGAUUUCCUGUGGUGGAGCGCAGAAAUGAGAGAGGCAAUUUCUCAGUCAUUUUCCCACAGCCCUAGAUAUGGUGAAGGCUGUGUACCAACUGCCUUGAAAUUGAUACAGUAGCUGGGUUGGCAGGGGUGAGGGUCGCACAGGGAGGGCACUGAAGUCGGACCCAGGAGACCAGAGUUGAAUUCAUGUCUCUGCUACAGCCUCCCCAUGUGACCUUGGUCAAAUUGCUUCAUCUCUUUGGGGGCCUUAGCUCCCCACCUGGAAACCAGGGAUAAUUCCCCUGACUCACUAGGUAAGGCGAGAGGCCCUUUGUCAUUGUGACGAGUCCAGAGGGAUCGUGGGGAGAGUCUCCGUAGAGAGAGGGAUAUUGUCUAGGAUGGUUCAGCUAGAAGUGGGUUCAAUCCAGAUCGUGUGGUCUUAGGAACCCUGAGCGGUGUCAUGAACUCCAGGCGGGGGAAGGGGAAACUCACAGGUGCCCAAGCCCAGUGAAGUCAGGAGAAAGGCCGGGGCUUUGCAUGAGGCCCCCAGGUUACCUGUCAUGACAGCCCUCUCUCCAGUGAGUGGCCCUGGGGAACCCAUAGAAGCGACCGCUCGGGCGAGGGCGGAUUACUUAUGGCAGAGGCUCCCAAUCUGAGGUCCACGGAGCCCUGGUGGUCCAUGAUAGUACUGCUGGGGGUCCGCGGGCCCAGCACGGGACUUUCCACCAGGCGAUUCCCGGGCGGGUCUCGCCGUUCAUGACCAUCCGUUCUCUGCACUGCCUUUACGCUGGAAAAGGUUGGGAACCACUGACUUCCGGCACCAGGCGUAGCUGCCUCUGAGAGCCCGACUCUGCCAGUCUUGCGGGAACAAAGCUGCCUCCAGGGUUGGCUCGGCUAAGGCAGGAUUGGGCCCAAAGGUUGAGUUGGGUUUCCUUCGGCAAAGGGGGAAGGAGGAAACAGUCCAGGCUGCCGCCCCAGUGGGCCAGAUCCGGGGCGGGUGCAAAUCAGCACAGUGCCAGGGACAUCACUGGGGUAACACUAAUAAGCAACAGCGGAGCAUCUGGCCCUCGGAUGUCAGUGUCGCUCUGCCCCAUUGACACCCGCCGGGGGUCUGACCCACCGACUCCAAUUCAGCGACAUUGAUUUAUACCAGCUGGGGGUCGGACUCCAUCCUCUCCUUUUGUUUCUAAGGCUGGAGAGCCUCUAAAUGAGCCAUCAGCAUUGCAACACUUAGAUGGGAGGUGCAGUGCUUGUGUCAUGCCCCGGCCCGCUGCCCGCAAGCCCAGCUUCCCGCCACGAGACCGCCCGGCCCCAGGCUCCGCCUGGCGAUGAGCGAGCUGGCCGCCAUGCCGCACGCGGAGGGGAGCGCCCUGCUGAAAGCCGUGGGGCAGGGCAAGUUCCGCCUCACCCGCCUGCUGCUGGAGGGCGGGGCCUAUAUCAACGAGGGCAACGCCCAGGGCGAGACCCCGCUCAUCGCCGCCUGCCGGGCCCGCUACGACGACCCGCACAACAAGCCCCGCAUGGUGCGCUACCUGCUGGAGAACGGCGCCGACCCCAACAUCCCCGACAAGACCGGCAAGACGGCCCUGAUGCACGCCUGCGCCGACCGGGCCGGGCCCGCGGUGGCUUCGGUCCUGCUGCAGCACGGCGCCGAUCCCAGCGCCAGGGACUACUCCGGAGCAUCGGCCCUGGUGUACGCCAUCAACCGGGGCGACCGGGAGACCCUGCAGGUGCUGCUGGACGCCUGCAAGGCCCAGGGCAAGGAGGUGAUCAUCAUCACCACGGAUACGUCCCCCUCGGGCACCAAGAAGACCAAGCAGUACCUGAAUUCGCCCCCCUCCCCGGGGCUGGAGGAGAAGUCGCCCGCCCUGUGCAUGUCCCCCUCCGACAUCGAAGUCAAGACCACCCAGUCGCCCGGGGCCAGCGAGAAGGAGGAGGAGAGGGACGUCUUCAACUUCACCAUGGCCACCCGGCUGAGCUGCCCCCUGCCGCCUCCUGCCAAGGGGCUGGAGGGGGAGGCCUCCUCAGAGCAGCGGUCGUCGGCCCCACCGCCCAAGGGCCGGCCCAGGCAACUCAAGAGACUCAACUCAGAGCCGUGGGGCCUGGUGGCGCCCUCAGCCUUGGCCGCCUCCCUUGCGGAGAAGGCCCGGACGCCGGAGGAGAGGCUCACGGCCGAGGUGAACAGCCUGAGCAUCACCAGGAGGAGCCUGCUGUCGCGGAGACACAGCAUCGAGGGCCAGGAGCCUUCCGGUUUCAAGAUGGCCGCCCCCCAGGGCUCAGAGGAAGAGGAAUAUGUCAGUUUCAUCAACGUUUUCAUUGAAAACCAUGGAAACGACGUCCCAUUUCGGCCGCCUCGGAACGAAACGUUCCCAGUGUUCCGCUCCGACGGACGUUUCCUUUGGCAGCCGAGCUUAGUGUCCCGCUUUUAA